AUGGGGAUGUGGUUAUACGAUCCUAAUAACCUGCCUCUUGCGAUUGAUGUGGAGCAUCAGAACGAAGAUGAUCUGGUGAUCUUUCUACUCUUCAAGACCUCCCCCGAAGAAGUUGAGAAAAUUCAGUCUAAUAUAAAGGACGCCACAAAGAACACAAAUAGGAAUUCUCGGGAAGUGAAGGUGAUUCCCCAAGAGCAUCAUAGUAUCCGCUCUCGCCGUGACUUGAUCACUUUACAUGAAAAAUUCCGCGGAAGGAGUAUCGAAGAAGACAAUCAACCUCCUUUAUAUUUUCUGCUCAGUUGCCCGGAACAAAACAUCGAGAUUGCCCCCUUUGCUACAGUAAGCGGCGACCAACAUGGUCUUACAGUAAUAUCUCGAACAUCUUUCGAUGUCAUUGUGGAAUGGACACACGAAUACCUCUACCGCGAAACUCCAGCCCUCCUUUCCGACACGGCUCAUGAACAUGGUCUCGAAACCUUGAUGAACCCGGGCCAACCUUUCUAUUUCGACGCAUCACAGUGGCCAGGGGACUACGCGUCACAGUAUUCCGAAGGAAAAGAACAAAUCUCAGUAUGGUAUCUCACCAAUAAGCUCACGCCCGCACAAGACGACGCCAUCAAAGUCGAGCUGCUAAAACCCUCGGAGAUGGCCAUGGAAGAUGACAGCCCGUUAGUCAAAGAAUGCUGCUACGUCCCAUGGACAGGACAGAAAGACGCUACAUGGGAGUAUAUCUGGAAUAUUAUGUGGCGGAUGGUCCGAUCCCACGGCGGUUGGGACACGUUCGUCUGCAUCGACCAACAGUCCGCCCAGAACCUACAAGUCGUCCUCGUCGACAGCUGGUAUUACUACCACUAUGAGGAACUUACAUAUGAAGAAAUACGAGACGGGAAAGAUUACUGUAAACUAUUGGAGCAUCUUCCUCACCCUGAUCUGCGGGGUUUUAUGCAUACUCGCAUUGAGCCUAAGGAGGCACACGACGAGAUUAGGGCGAUAGAGGUACAUAACACUACGAUUCCUGCGAUUCCCAGGCGUAUUAUGAAGAAGCAGCGGAGGCCUGGGUGGCCUGAUCUGGACAUUCUCCCAUCUGAUAACGAUACUGAGGAGUGUGAACUUUAUCAAUAUUACUAG